GUCUACACUCCCAUUGAGCGCCCCGACCUGUGGGAGGUCCUCGAGGAUACAAAGCACCCUCUCAACGUUGUCUGGCCCGAGUUCCUCGAUCACGAUGUGGCCUACGCACGAUAUUGCGGCAUGUUGUCUCGGCUGGCUCCUUUGGCACGGUUCCAGUUUGCCUUCGUCCAUGUCGGUCCACAGGGCCAGGAGAUCAUCGCCGGGCUCGGACGGUCGAUCCCCUUCUACUGGCCCGAGCUAGAGACCGUUAGCACGGCCGGAUGGCGGCCAGAGCUUCUCGAUUCGCUGCCAGCGCAGGGAUACGGCGCCAUUCUAACCGCGGGAGUGCAGCAGAGUCAGGGCGAUGGACCGGCUCCGAAUGCGCUGUCGGCGCUCUCAGUCACCGUGCAACCAGCCUACCGACGAACCGGUCUGGCGGAACUGAUCAUUGACACCAUGAAGCGCGCCGCCUCUCUCGAAGGCUUCUCGGUCCUCAUCGCGCCACUCCGACCUACGCAGAAGAACCGCUUCCCCGACGUUCCCAUGGAGCACUACCUGCACUGGAUGACUGAGUCGGGACUCCCCUUCGACCCUUGGUUGCGCAAACACGUCCGUCUUGGAGGACAGGUGGCCAAAAUCGCCACCCGGAGCAUGGUGGUGUCGGGAACGCGCGAGGAGUGGAAGUCAUGGGUGGGUAUCGAUCUGCACCAGGAGAUGCAACGGGCGCCAGAUCCAGGAAAGAUGAAAACCCUCCCCAUUCGGAUUCCGGGAGGGUUGGUGCCGGUGGAGUACCAGCCGGAGGAUGAGAUGGGAGUGUAUGUGGAGCCCAACAUCUGGAUCUACUACCGCCUAUAGUUUUCCUUUUUGGGGCCGGGGGCAUGUGACUUGAGGAACCUCGUGAUAGAGGAAGCCCUCAUUCAGUCUUGGCGGAAGUGACGGUUCUGAGACAAACGCGCUCGGCAUGGAUGAUGG